AUGGCGGUCGCAUCGACGUACUCGGGCUGGGUCAACGAGCUCGAGGCCUUCAAGCCUACGACGAGCGACGAAGACGACGACGACGACGACGAGGCUCGGGUCGAAGCGAUCGCGGCCGAGUACGCACGCCCCCGGCGGGGGCACUCGUCGCAGCUGGACGAGAUCAAGCAAGAAAUGAAGCUUCUCAAUUGGCACAAGCUCGCCAACGAAGCCGCGCUCAAGGCUGCGCUCAUCAAGACCAAAAAACUCAAGCGCGAAGACUUGCGCGUGGCGGCAAUCGUCGACGCCGACGAGCGACACGAGCGGCGGCAGCAGAUCGAAGAAGAGGAAAACAUGAAGCCGCUCGAGGUCACGGCCGAGUUUAUCCGACAGUACGAAGCCGACGAGCGCCGGGAAGAAAUGCGCCUCGAAAACAAGGUGGCGCGCCACAUCAACUGCUUGCGGAAACUCAAGGGCAUGCUCGCCGAGCGAGAAGAGCUCCGUGCGCGCCACUUGCGCUACCGCGACGGCCGCGCGGCCCUCGAGCGCAAGCUUGCUGGCGGUGGAAACCAAGAAGAAGACCAGCUACGGGACCUCAGCCGCGGCCGAAUAACGCCGCGGGCCCUCGCACUCAGCGGGUCCGACGACGUGUCUUCCAAGGCGCUCUCGAGUCUCGACAAGCUCGUCGAGCUCGAGCGACGCAUCGCUUGCCUUGAGCACGACGACGACGACCGGCCGUCAUCCGCCAUAUCCGUGUUGCCAUCCUCCAAGCCGGCGCUCAAAUUUGCCAAGACGUCGACGGGGCGUCCGACGGCGUACACUGUUCCGUCCAAAGCCAAGACGACGAAGAAGAAGCCACAGACGUUCUUGACGGCGAAGAAGAAGGCGGCCGCGACGACGCGCAAGGUCAACCAUGUGAAAGCCAACAUGCGCGCGACGCCCAAAGCGAUGCCCAAAACCAAAAACCCUCACAUGGAACAAUUUCUGCACCUGAAAAAGUCGUUCGAGUCGAAGAAAGCAGCGCUGGCAAAGCCGACGCCACCGCCGGUCGUCAAGCGGCUGCCGCGCAAGAAGACGUCGUCGGUGGCACCCGUGUCGGCGCACCGACCGACACCGCCGGCCAACGAUCGCCUCUUGCCGCUCAUUCACACCCGAACAACUACCGUGUCCAAGCCGCGACCCAAGCCGUCGGUGACCGAGUUGCCGAAGCUCCAGCCCGGGAAUGGUCUACAGUUCGAGCUCGGCAUUCAAGGUUUGCCUUUUGCUUGCAACAACAACAACUACACGAUGCCAACGACGACGACGACGAUGCUGAUGGACACGUGCGCCUGCCCCGACUGUCACUGCGACCCGUGUCUCUGCCGCGUGCUCGCCCACACGUGCGGCUGCCCGGUCUGCCGCUGCAACCCGUGCCUGUGCCCGGACCACGUGGAUGGCUGA